UGGUCAGCAAGCAGGAAAUGUAGGUGCCGUCCUACUCCACCACCCACUCCCCGCGGCCCCUCCCCGUCAUCAUCUUCACAACCCCUCAUGAUUUUCAACUGUGAGUUGGUGAGUCAAUGGGGGUUGGUGACUCUCUCAUGCUGGUGGAAUGGCGACCGAGGGAGUUCUCUUGGGAAUGGGCAAUCCCCUCCUCGACAUUUCUGCGGUCGUGGACCAGCAGUUCUUGGACAGAUAUGGAAUCAAGUUGAAUGAUGCCAUUCUUGCAGAUGAUAGACAUGUAUCUAUGUAUGAAGAGAUGACUUCCAAGUACAAUGUGGAGUACAUCGCUGGAGGUGCUACUCAAAAUUCUAUCAGGGUUGCUCAGUGGAUGCUUCAAAUUCCUGGUGCAACCUGUUAUAUGGGUUGCAUUGGAAAGGACAAAUUUGGGGAAGAGAUGGCGAAGAACUCAAAACUUGCUGGUGUAAAUGUCCAUUAUUAUGAGGUUGAUUCUGCACCAACUGGUACUUGUGCUGUAUGCGUCGUGGGUGGUGAAAGGUCACUUGUUGCCAAUUUGUCAGCUGCAAAUUGCUACAAAUCUGAACAUUUGAAGAGACCAGAAAAUUGGGCAUUGGUUGAGAUGGCAAAGUACUUCUAUAUUGCUGGGUUUUUUCUCACAGUGUCCCCAGACUCCAUUCAGCUUGUUGCUGAGCAUGCAGCUGCAAACAACAAGGUUUUCACGAUGAAUCUUUCUGCUCCAUUUAUCUGUGAGUUCUUCAAGGAUGCCCAAGACAAAGUUCUGCCGUACAUGGACUUUGUUUUUGGAAAUGAAACGGAAGCAAGAACUUUCUCAAAAGUUCAUGGUUGGGAGACUGAGAAUGUUGAGGAGAUAGCUUUGAAAAUUUCCCAGUUGCCCAAGGCAUCUGGCACGCACAAGAGGAUCACAGUGAUUACUCAGGGAGCUGAUCCUGUGGUUGUUGCCGAGGAUGGGAAGGUUAAUUUGUUCCCUGUGAUAUUGUUGCCCAAGGAAAAACUUGUUGAUACCAAUGGUGCAGGGGAUGCAUUUGUUGGAGGAUUUUUGUCCCAGCUGGUUCAAGGGAAACCGAUUGAAGAUUGUGUAAGAGCUGGUAUUUAUGCAGCGAAUGUGAUCAUCCAACGAUCCGGCUGCACAUUCCCAGAGAAGCCUGAUUUUAACUGAGUGCUUCAAUUUUUCACCCGCUCUUUCUCAAUUUAUGUUGUAAUUUUGAUUGUUGCGGGAGAUCUUUGCUGGUUUCAACUUCUGUAUUUUUCCUGAUCGCCUGCACUGAGUAGCCCUUGAAAAUGCUUAUUUAUAUGAAUUUACACUACCACACCCAUACUCAUAUAAAAGAGGAAAUAGAAACAACAUUCUCCUAAUAAAUAUAUUGUGCUAUUUUAAA